AUGGCGACGCUAAGUAAAGGCGAACAAGUCUAUGCAACGCUUCUGUUGAACGACACCUACCUCCCAGGCGCAUUGGUUCUCGCUCAUUCUCUGCGCGAUGCUGGUACCUCCAAACAGCUGGUGGUCCUGGUUACCCUCGACACCGUUUCCGCCGAGGUCAUCACCGAGCUCAGGGCCAUCUACGAUCAUGUCAUUCCUGUCCCGCGCAUACGCAAUUCCCGACCCGCUAACCUGUACCUGAUGAACCGGCCUGACCUGCAUUCGGCCUUCACCAAGGUCAACCUCUGGAGGCAGACUCAAUUCUCUAAGAUUGUCUACAUCGAUGCCGACGUUGUCGCCUACCGAGCCCCCGACGAGCUAUUCGACGUCAAUGCCCCCUUUUCCGCUGCGCCUGACAUCGGAUGGCCGGACCUUUUCAAUACGGGUGUUAUGGUUCUGAAACCCAACAUGGGAGACUACUAUGCUCUCAUGGCGAUGGCUGAGAGGGGCAUCUCCUUCGAUGGUGCCGAUCAGGGUCUUUUGAAUAUGCACUUUAAGAACACGUACAACCGCAUCAGCUUUACGUACAACGUGACGCCCUCGGCGCAUUACCAAUACGUCCCCGCCUACCGACACUUCCAAUCGAGCAUCAACAUGGUGCAUUUUAUCGGUCCCGACAAGCCCUGGUUUCAAGGCCGACAGGCAAGCAAAGGAGACUCACCGUUCGAAGACAUGAUCGGGAGAUGGUGGGCUGUCUACGACCGACAUUACAGAGUUGCCGAAACGGCUCUUGCUUCCCUGCCUGAGCAGCAGCAGCAUCAUCAGGAACAACAGGCUUCUGAGAUCGUACAGUACUUUACUAAGGGUGAAUUCCAGCCGCAGUCACAGGCCGUGCAAGCAGCAUCAUCGGGUGAGCAUCCUCACGGGACGCAAGUCUCCUACAGUCGCGGUAGCACACACUUCCAGAUGCCACCACCCCUUUUUUCGGGCCACGAGGUUCAUGGUUCUCCCCGCCACAAUGCUCAUGACCCUGGCUCGUCCCGGCUGCCCCCACAUCGUGAGCCGCCGCACGUUGACCAUGAUGAAAAAUCCCAGCCUGAGAUCGCGUAUCAGGCUGGCCUACCCUUUCCCCCUCCCAGCGAGUCGUUAAGUGGUUUUGCUGGAACGCAGGCUGAGGCUCGAUCAGAGCAGGUUUCAGCGCAUCAGCGGCGGAGUCCAACACCACCACCCGUAGAGCAGACGCGAGAGCCAAGCCCUCCUCCGCCAGCAUGGGAUGCUCAAAGACAACCACCGCCAGCAGAUUCGAGGCCCGAGGCGCUCAACUUCCCCUCGCAGACUUACGAGAUGUCUCAAGACCCUGCUCCGUUUGUGCCCCCCGAGCGAUAUCCGAGUCCCCCGAGAAACAUGUGGUACGAGGUUCCGAAGCAAAAGCCAAACCAGAAGCCUCGACCUCUCUUCCCAUGGGAAAUCAACCAGCCCAAGCCGACCAGAGUUUUUACCGCAGGUCAGGCUGAAUCAGAAGCGGAUGAGUCUUCGAGCGCACCGACUAGUGAGCAGGCGACAUUGUCCGUAUCCCAGGCUUCCGCUGAGCCGUCUUGUGUAGGAUCGUCGGCGACUGGCCAGAAGAGCGAGCCCAGCACCCCAGCCACCCCAACCAUCAGAGUCAGCCCAUCAGACCCUUGGACUACUUUCGCACGCACAAAUGCCUGGGACGAAGUACCCGAGAUUGAGCGCUACGUUGAGGGUCUUCAAAAGCAUCAUCGUGGAAAGAGCCAGGGCUCAGUGGGCCUCUCUGGUGAGACGACGGUAAAGGAGCAUGGGCUCAAGCUUACCGACUUCCCAAGUGUUGUCGAACGACCGAGUCUUCCAGUCACUCCUGCACCCAUCCGUCGACCAAAGUUCUGGGGUGGUGGCCCUGGACCUGGCGACGGUGAUGACGACGAGGAGCUGCCGGUGGCCGACGGCGUGCCGCCGCAGUCGGACUGGGUAUGUGUGCAUGGAAUUCGGUGGACUCCUGCAGACUGUCUUUGCGAAUUGACUAACAAACUUUGGCGUUCCAAGGACCCUUCGGCACAGCUUCAGAAACUGGCUAAGCAGCAGUCAGAAGCUUUGCUGAAGAAGCUUGGUGGUGGUGAAGGUGGUCCCGAGGGUGUGAGUCGCGAGAUCCCAGCACGUUCCCUACCAUUUGGUUCGGAGGGUGUCAUUUCACCUACUUAUGUUGCGCAGUCAUCUGGAGGGGUAGUGCUUAGUCCGCAGCCGGUAAAAGGCAGCGCGACCACGAGCGCUUUGCGCAAUUUGAGUGGGGAGCAGGCACCAUAA